AUGUUAAAACUUCGUUUAAAACGAUGUGGUAGAAAGCAACGUUUUUAUGAUCCGAUAAAGAAUCAAACUUGUUUAAAUGUUCCAGCUAUUCUCUAUUUCCUUGAAAAAGGUGCUCAACCUACAAGAACCGUUUCUGAUAUUUUAAGGAAGGCGGAAUUCUUUAAAGAAAAAGAAAGAACUUUGAGUUAA